AUGCCGAAAAAUAAGGGAAAGGGAGGAAAGAACCGUCGUCGUGGUAAGAACGAGAAUGAAGACGAAAAGCGAGAGCUGGUCUUCAAGGAGGACGGACAGGAGUACGCACAGGUACUGAAAAUGCUCGGAAACGGUCGCUUGGAGGCGUUCUGCUUUGACGGCGUCAAACGACUAUGUCAUAUUCGUGGGAAGCUCCGUAAGAAAGUGUGGAUCAACCAGGGCGACAUUAUUCUCGUCGGUCUUCGCGACUACCAGGACACCAAAGCUGACGUCAUUCUGAAGUAUAAUCCCGACGAGGCCCGUAACUUGAAGAGCUACGGCGAGUUGCCAGAAAAUGCCAAGAUCAACGAGAUCAGCUUGAACCGGGAGUUUGGCGAGGACGACGACGACGAAGACAUUAUCGAGUUCGGCGACGAUGUCGACUCGGUGGCCAGUGACACUGAUCUGCCCUGA